AAACAUUUCUGGAAUGGACGUUUUUCCUAUGAGUUUAAAGAUUGGACUGAAGGUUCAAAUUAUCUAUUGGACGAUAUUGACUGUACUGGAAGGGAGGCAAAUAUAUUAAGUUGCAAGCAUACGUCCUGGAAUUCUCAUAAUUGUGACCAGAAACACAGAGAAGACGUUGGGAUUCAAUGCUUGCCAGAUGAAAUGGCUCUCACAUUGGAAGGUGGAAACAACGAAAAUGAAGGUAUAGCUCAGAUUUUGUUGGGGAAACAAAGAACAAACAUAUGCAGUUUGGGAUUUGAGCGUGACGAUGCCUUUGUCUUUUGUCGAGAAUUAAUGAAUGAUUGCAGAAAUGUUAUAGUAGUAUCAGGAACCCAGUACAGCUCAUCAACAGAAUACAUAUACCAGGAGGCGUUCCAUUGUAAUGGUAGUGAAGCAAAGCUAAUAAACUGUCCUCGCUACUCCAUAAAAUGUCCAAGUGAUUUUAAAGUAGCGGUUGUCUGUGAUCCAACGCUUCCUUCGGUGACGUUAGAAGUUCCAUCUCCUUUGAUAGUUAACGAACCUGUGAACUUGACAUGCACUGCCACCGGCGGAAGCCCAUCUCCUAAUAUUUGGUGGAACUGUUGUAAUGAUAAUAACCGAACAUAUGUUAUCCAAUCUGAGAACCAGAUCAAGUCAGUUUUAGAAAUAAUUCCUUCGCGGAGAUGUAAUGCCGCCACAUGUACGUGUUUUGUUCAUCACACAGAAACUACAUUUCCGGAAAUUCAAAAAGCAGAAAAACUUGUAAUAUAUUAUCCUGUCAGAGAUGGUUUAAAUGUAACUGCUCCACUUCUUACUGAACACCAAUCUAGCAUAUUGACAUGUGAGGUUUCUGACGGCAAUCCCUUGCCUGACAUUUGGUGGACAUGCAGUGGAAUACCAUAUGAUAAUGUUACAUCGGUUGUCACACAUAAUUCAUCUUCUUCGACCUUGUUUUUGACACCAACUGUUGAUUACCAUAAUAAAACUUGCACUUGUAUUGGGAGGCAAUUCAACACAACGUUUGAAGACAUAUCUGAACCCACAGUAUUACGUGUUUUAUAUUCAGUAAACGAGGUGGAAGUAUCCUCUACAAAUCUAAUUGUGGGAAUUCGAUCUUAUUUGAUUUGUCGCGUAACCGGCGGAAAUCCAGAGCCUGUUGCAAAAUGGAUUUGUGAUGGAAAGUUUCAAAAAUCUUAUGAAAUUAGAUCAUUAGAAGCCGUAUUAGCACUAAUGUCAUUUAUUCCGACCUCAGCUCAUCAUGCUCAGCAGUGUACUUGUGUUGUUAGCCAGCCUGGAACAAAUUUCAAAGAAGUUCAUCAAUUAUUAGUCUUACGUGUAACGAGUCUUCCAACAAGCACAACAAAGGAAAUGAUAACAGGAAAUACAAGUGAACUCUGGUCAAAUACAUAAUCUCUUCAAAUAUGUGUUAAAAUAUAGAAGAACAGUUGAGACAUACUGUGUCAUGUUAAAGCGUAUAUUCAUCUGGUCGUAUAUUUUUUAAAUAAAAUAUCAU